AUGGCCAAGACACUACGACUAGGAGCUAAGCUCCGUUAUCCUAUCACAAUAUCCGAAUUUCUCAAGGACCACGGCGACGACGUUACCAAGCAAGAACCGAUUCUCCGAUACACUUUCAAGUACAAACGCCUCAUCGGCGACCCGAGCAAAAACGAAGAGCGCGAGGUCGAGGAGACGGGUUUUGCAGACUGGGACAGCCCUGCCGAGGGCAAGAUCAAGCAAUGGCAGGUCAAGGUAGGAGAAGUAAUCAGGCGAGAUCAAGACCUCGUUUCUAUCGAAGAGACCUGUAGCCACGAGGUACAAUAUGCCGGGCUUUGCGCCAUAUGCGGUAAAGACAUGCUGGAGAUGACUUAUGCCAGCGAGUCUCUCGACAUCGACCGUGCCACAGUCGCCAUGGUACAUGACAAUGCCGCUCUUAAAGUUAGCGCGAACCAGGCCGCACGCACCGAGAUGCAACUGCAGCGCCGGUUACUAAAGGAACGGAAACUGAGUCUCGUCGUUGACUUGGAUCAGACUAUCAUCCACGCGUGCAUAGAUCCCACCGUAGGUGAAUGGCAACGCGAUCCAUCCAAUCCGAAUUACGAAGCCGUCAAGGAUGUGCGCAGCUUCCAACUGGACGACGGCCCGCGAGGAGCAACCAGCGGAUGUUGGUAUUACAUUAAGAUGCGUCCGGGCCUAGCCGAGUUUUUAGAGAAGAUCUCCCAAUUGUUCGAGCUACACGUCUACACGAUGGGUACGCGCGCGUAUGCCCUCAAUAUUGCCAAGAUCGUGGAUCCUACGCAGAAGCUCUUCGGCAACCGGAUCAUUAGCCGAGACGAAAACGACAGCAUAGUAGCUAAGAGUCUACAACGACUAUUCCCCGUCAGCACCAAUAUGGCUGUGGUCAUUGACGAUCGUGCAGACGUGUGGCCCCGGAACAGGCAGAAUCUAAUCAAGGUGACGCCCUAUGAUUUCUUCACGGGUAUCGGUGAUAUCAAUUCAAGCUUCUUACCUAAGAGGGAAGAUCUCGUACCUGUCCCGACUCCGCUGCCUGAGCCGAAGCCCGUUAAUGGCAAUACGGCGCCACAACAACCUAGCAGCGUUGGUCCUAGUCCUACCUCAGAUCAUGAGAAGCCGUCAGCCAACGGCAAUGACGACAAUGCCCUACUCCAACUACAAGCAGAGGAACAAGAACGUACGCUGGAGAAGCAACUCAAGGACCGACCGUUGCUUCAUCUGCAAGAAGAAUUAGAUAGAGAGGAUGAAGAGGCUGAGAAGAAAUCGACCGAGAACGGUGAUAGCCCGGAACCCGCUACGAAUGGAGAAUCAGAAAGCCCUUCCCAUCAACGACACAAACUUCUACGCGACGAUGACCAAGAACUCAAAUACCUCGAGAAGCACCUUACAACCCUGCACCAUUCAUUCUACGAACAAUACGACGCACGAUCCGCGCACCGCCGGCCCGACGACAUCAUACCCGACACAGUCCCGGACGUGGGAUCAACCCUUAACUUCUUAAAGUCGCAAAUUCUGCGAGACACAAAACUCGUUCUAUCAGGACUUGUUCCAUUAGAUGUCGACGUGCGCAGAACCGAGAUCGGAAUGCAAGCCGAAAGCUUCGGUGCCGAGAUUCGAACGCGGGUAAGUCGUGAGAUAACUCACUUGGUCAUCAACGUCGCCCGCCCACGAACUCAGAAGGUUCGCCAAGCAGCCCGCAUUCCUAGCAUUAAGAUCGUGAACCAGAACUGGCUCGCGGACUCGAUCGCGCAGUGGAAGAAGUUGGACGAGAGUCAGUAUCUUGUCCAGGUACAUCCUGCCGAUCGAAAUGCCGAGACGCCGUUGGAAGAAGGUUCCGCCUCGCCACCCCGGCCAAAAAAAAUCACCAUCGUCACCUCGGGUCGACAGUACUUCGAGGACGAAAUGAACGGCGAUGAGGACGAUGGUGAUGCGGAUGGCUCGGGAGAAGAGGACGAGGACGACGAGGAUGACGAUGAUGAGGACGAAGAUGACGAGUUCGAGGAUAGGUUCAACGUGAUGCCACCUGAGCUCCAGGACGGCGAGCACAGUCCUAUCGAAGACUUGGGAGGCAUGGAAUGGGGCGAUGUUGAUAAGGAGCUCGAGGAGUUCAUGGGAUCGGACAUUGACGACUCCGAUUUCGAGAGCACGCAAGGCACGGACCUCGGUACGGAUACGGAGUCGGAAGAGCCUAAGAGUCGGAAGCGGAAGCUAGGCGAAGAUGCCGACGACGAUGAUGAUACGGGCGAAUCGGCUACGGGAAGUGUACUGGCUAAGAAGCAGCGAAUUGCAAAGGCGAGGACUACGGGUCUUCGCAAUGUGAGGAACGCUACGGACGAGGAGGACGAGGAAGGUAGCGGUCUACCUACGCCACAAGGUACAGGUGACGAGGACGCGAACGGAGGCGGGGACGAGGAUGACGACGAGUUUGCCGACCUCGAAGCCGAGCUCGAGGCUGAAUUACAAGCCGAAGGCGAAGGCGGUUGA